ACUGUCGACUUGAAGUGGGUCCGGUGAGCCCUGGGAGCGAAGGACGUUGGAAUUGCAGUUCCUACUAGCUCCUAAGGAAUCGGAAGCGAGGAUAAGAUUUCAAGGAUCCGCCCUCCGUCGGAAUGCGAUCUGUGAUUUUCCCCGCAUGUACUGUGCAUGGUGCGGUCCGCGUGUUCACGUGAGCCGGCUCCAAGAUGGCGGCAGGGGUGGCUGGGUGGGGGGUUGAGGCCGAGGAGUUCGAGGAUGCCCCUGAUGUGGAACCGCUGGAGCCCACGCUGAGCAAUAUCAUCGAGCAGCGCAGCCUGAAGUGGAUCUUCGUCGGGGGCAAGGGCGGCGUGGGCAAGACAACCUGUAGCUGCAGCCUGGCAGUCCAGUUAUCCAAGGGAAGAGAGAGUGUUCUGAUCAUCUCCACAGACCCCGCCCACAACAUCUCCGAUGCUUUUGACCAGAAGUUCUCCAAGGUGCCUACCAAGGUCAAAGGCUAUGACAACCUCUUCGCCAUGGAAAUUGACCCCAGCCUUGGUGUGGCCGAGCUGCCCGACGAGUUCUUUGAGGAGGACAACAUGCUGAGCAUGGGCAAGAAGAUGAUGCAGGAGGCCAUGAGCGCCUUCCCCGGCAUCGAUGAGGCCAUGAGCUACGCCGAGGUCAUGAGGUUGGUGAAAGGCAUGAACUUCUCGGUGGUGGUGUUUGACACAGCCCCCACAGGCCACACGUUGAGGCUGCUCAACUUCCCCACCAUCGUCGAGAGGGGCCUGGGCCGCCUCAUGCAGAUCAAGAACCAGAUCAGCCCCUUCAUCUCACAGAUGUGCAACAUGCUGGGCCUGGGGGACAUGAACGCCGACCAGCUGGCCUCCAAGCUGGAGGAGACGCUGCCCGUGAUUCGUUCCGUCAGUGAGCAGUUCAAAGACCCUGAGCAGACCACCUUCAUCUGCGUGUGCAUCGCCGAGUUCCUCUCGCUGUACGAGACGGAGCGGCUGAUCCAGGAGCUGGCCAAGUGCAAGAUCGACACCCACAACAUCAUCGUCAACCAGCUCGUCUUCCCCGACCCCGAGAAGCCCUGCAAGAUGUGUGAAGCCCGCCACAAGAUCCAGGCCAAGUACCUAGAUCAGAUGGAGGACCUGUAUGAAGAUUUCCACAUCGUCAAGCUGCCGCUGUUACCCCACGAAGUGCGAGGGGCAGACAAGGUCAACACGUUCUCAGCCCUCCUCCUCGAACCCUACAAGCCCCCCAGCACCCAGUAGGGCCACUGCCUGUGCCCCGAUGCUGACACUUCAGGCCCACCCCAGGGCAAAGUUUGCACACAGCUGUCAUCCCACCCCCUCACCCCCACCCCGAAUGGCGCAGUGGGGAGGGGGGGCGAUUAUUGAGGGAAGGGGUGGAGGUGGG